GCCAACCAACCCCGAAGCCUUCCUCACCUACCCGGAGGGGCGGCCAACGAUGAGCAGCGGGGCUCCCGAGGCCAAGCAGCGGCGGCUGGACGCGGGCGAGAAGGCCGAGGCGGGCGGCGCGCGUGCGCCGGAGGCGGCCGUCGGGCUCGAGGCGGCGGUUGCCGGGCAGCGGGGGGGAGCCGAGGCCGGGGCGGGCGCCUGCGCAGCGGCGGCGGCGGCGGCCGCGGUUGCCGGGCAGCCGGUCUCCGGGGCGACGCAGCGCGCGCUGGAGGCGGUGGACGCGUGCCAGCGCGAGUUGGAGGCGCUGAGCGAGCGCGCCGGCGAGGAGAUCCUGCGCGUCGAGCGCAAGUACGGCGAGCUGCGGCGGCCGCACUUCGAGCGGCGCAACCGGCUGAUCGAGGACAUCCCCGGCUUCUGGGUCACCGCCUUCCUCAACCAUCCACAGCUCUCUGCUCUCAUUGACGAGAAUGACGAGGAGGCAUUUAACUACAUGAUGAGGCUGGAGGUGGAAGAGUUUGAAGACAUCAAAUCCGGCUACCGGAUCAAGUUCCACUUCAGCGAGAAUCCGUACUUCGAGAACUCGCUCAUCAUCAAGGAGUUUCACCUGGGGACUGGAGGGAAGCCAGUGUCGCAGUCGACUCCUAUCAAGUGGAAGAAGGGAAUGGACCUGAUCUCGCUGAACCGAGGGCUUGGCGAGAAGGGCAGGAAGCGUGGACACCGCAGUUUCUUCUCCUGGUUCACUGAGCACCGUAACCCCACCACCGAUGAAAUCGCAGAGGUACUGAAGGAUGAUAUGUGGCCGAACCCACUCCAGUAUUUCCUGAUUGCGGAGAGCGAGAGUGGGGAAAACGGCCUGGAUGACAGCGAUGAGGAGAACGGGGAGGGCUCGGUGGUGAUCGUGGAUGAGGACGAUGAUGAGGAUGACGUCCAGGAGAUUGUGGACAACGAGGAUGAGGAGGAUGAUGUGGAAGGCUCGGAGGACGACGAGGAUGUGGAGGAGAUCAAUGAAGGCGAGGAGGAGGAGGGGGUCGAGGUGGAGGGAAAGGAAGAUGCAGUGAAGGAAGGUGGCGAUGGCUAAACAGAACCUCCCUCUCCAUGGCUCUCUUUCUCCCCCCCCCCCCCACCAAAACAAAA